GGGGAGCGAGUAAGCAAGAGAGAGAGAGAGAGAGAGAGAGCGAGAGAGAUAGAGAGAGAGAGAGGAUGGACACGGACACGGAUGGAUGGAUGGACACGGAGUGUGGCUAUGGAUCGGGAUCAUCGCGAGGUUGCCUCUUGCGGUUUACUACCACUAAUGCGAGUCGUCGCGUCGCUUAGCAAAAAAACGAGCAACAAAAAUACAACGAAGCCACUCGUUGCUCGUUGGCCUUACUCAUUGCGACGCAUUCGCAUCAUCCUCGCAGCACAGCGAACAGGCUACGUAAUCGUGAUCGUGCGAGGCUCCAGCAAGUCGUGUCGUGAUCGUGGCAAGUACUCGUAAACAGCACACCACCGGGAUUUGCAUAAGCAGUUAGGUUUGGCUCCCAUUUUGCUCCUAUACUCUCUUUACCAAGUCAGUCUCCUGGAGCCUGUGCCCUGGUCUUGCUAGAUGAGAGCAUAACAACGCAGAACGGAUCGGGACUGCCUGUCCGUUGAAUAGAUCCAGUGCAAGACAAUUCAUCAGUCAACCAAAUACAACCACAACCAACCAACCAACCCGCAAUUUGCGUUGUCUGGCGGAAGAAGGAGGUCUCGCGAUGAUACUGUUAAGGCGAGCGGUUGGUCUAGUGAGUUCGUUGUUGCUUCUAGCGACAUUCUGUUCCUUACCCCUUCAGACACACUGCAAUACUCUUUAUGGCGAUGAAUGCAUGCUGCGUGAUGGCUCAUCGGGGGUUUGUGCAAAAGCGGCAGAUUGUGAAUGGUUCAUUAGAACAAUCCUGAGGCAUAAGUUGUUUAAGGAGGCAGUGCGCUGUUCGUUCGUCGAUGACAUCGAAGUAAUCUGCUGCAAGCGGAACUGGUUCCAUGAGUCCCGGACCGAGCCAUCGACAGAGCAACCGACCAAACCAUCCACUGAGCCGCCCAACCCCGCCAUUUCAUCGAUAUCGAAGAACGUACGGCCUAAGACGGGCGUUCGGUCUCGCCAUGCCUGUAACCAGUAUAGCUACGUGAACCAGACUUUCAAUAUCAUCAAUGGGGUUGAAGCGGCGGAAAACGAGUUCCCGUUCAUGGCUGCCCUCGGCUACACGUACGAUGAACCGAAGGUCACCGUGAAAUACAAGUGUGGGGCCAGUCUGAUCACCUCCAAUUUCUUAUUGACCGCUGCCCAUUGUAAAACCAGAAACGGACCCACGAUUGCUCUCUUAGGUACGGUAACCAUCGCAGAUGAUCACGAUGGAAUCGAGAUCGGCGUGAAAACUUUCAUCAAGCACAACCAGUAUAGGUCGAGCAGCUACUACCACGACAUUGCGCUGGUGGAGCUAGAGAAUCCCGUGGAAUACAGUAUAUUACUGAUGCCGAUCUGUCUGUACGAUGAUCCACAGGAUCUGCCGGAGCACAUGAUACUCUCGGCCGAAGGAUUCGGUAUCGUUGAUGAAAAUUUGCAAAUUGCAUCGACACGACUGAUGAAGGUGAACCUGACGACGGUACCGUGGCACAAGUGCAACCAGAACUUUGCCGACGCCAACUUGCUGGGGCACCGGAAGCUACUGCAGGGUAUAGUCGAGACGCAGUAUUGCACUAUUGGGGAGUUGAAUAAUACAACCGAACUUAGAAGUGACACAUGUCAGGGCGAUUCGGGCGGGCCGGUGCAGGUUAUGAUCGAAGCAAAGUUCCGGCUCAUUGGCGUCGUCUCGUUUGGUCACAGCUGCGGUAGUUCUCUUCCGGGUGUGUUGACGCGUGUUGCCGCCUACAUCGAUUGGAUCGAAAGUAUCGUCUGGGCGUGAACAAAAAAAAACAACUAUCCAUUUUAGCUUCAAUCGAGAGAUUCCCCGGUUCGCAUUGUGCAAUAAAAUUGGGUACCCUCUUUGGCCUUUCCGAUGGU